AUGUUAAAAAAAUUACAUGAACUUGUUUCUAAUUAUAGAAUUGUACUUAAAAUAAAAUCAAGUCAACCAUCAAUAAUAACACGAAAACAACAACGAAGUGGUUCACAACCACCAAAUGAACAUGUACUACAACAACAAAAUCCAACACGUCAUAUGGCAAUGAAUGUAACAAAUAAAAUACUUUUAUUUUCAUCAUUUGGUUGGUUAAUUAUUGAUGAAAUACAUUAUGCAGCUUCUUUAGGUGGUUUAAAAGUUGAUGGUUGUAUGAAAAAAGUUCAAGGAAACGUUAGUUCAUCACAAAGACUUCGAGCUUUACGAUCAACAACAAAUAAUCAAAAUACAAAAAAUCGACAAAUAUCUGUUCUUGAUAUCAUUGCUGGUAAGUCUCAAGCAUUAACAUCACUUCAAACACAUGGUAUUCAUUUAACAUUAAGUGGUGUUACAAAUAUUGGCACAAUUGCAAUGGAUGUGCCACUAAGACCACAAGAAGUUCAUGAUCUUUUAAAUGAUACUAUUGAAGAACCUACUACACCAAUUCCAUUAGAACAAACAAUAACAAGAAAACGUUUAGGUACACGUCGCAGAGAUACAAUUAAUCGUAAUAUUAAUCCACGUCUAUUAGAAACUCAACAAAAUAUAUUUACAUCAUCGAAACGACCUAUGUUUAGACUAUUAUACAUAAAUGAACGUGCUUUACAUUUUUUAAAUAAUAAUAAUCAUGAUCAUCAACAACCUCCAAUAGUUAAUUCAGAUAAUUAUAUACGAAUUGAUUUUCCUGAAAUACGUUGGUAUGGAAAUUAUUCUAUUCAACAAGAACAAGAAAAUAAAACAAAAGGUGGUUUAAAUCUUCGAACAAAAAUUGAUGUACUUAAAUUAAUUAUAACAGUUAAUUUUCUUGCACAACUAGUUUUUGUUUCAAAAGCAACUAUACAUGAAAUAAAUGAAAUUCUUGCAAAAGUUUCUAGAUUUGAUCAAUUUCAUUUUGGAACAACAAAAUAUCCACGUUUAUCAUCAUCAUCAUCAAUAGUACCUAUUAUGCGUAUUGAUUCAACAGAUACAGAAUAUGAGAAUGAUGAUGAUGAACCAAAAAAAGAUCAACAAACAACAUCACCAACAUUGUUUACAUAUAAAAUAGAUAUAUCAAUGAAAGGUUUUGUAGUUAUGCGACGAACACCAUCAAAUACGAUAGUUAAAUAUGAAAAUGGUGAUAAAAAAGUACCAAUAUUUGUUAAAUUAACAAAUUAUGAAGAAACAAAAUUCUUUAUUACCUUAUAUUAA